CAUGGACCUGUCAUCAAAACCCAUCUUUCUACCUUCCAUUGCAGUACUGCUUUUCUUUGCCUGUUCUGGGUUCUUGGUUCCACAUAUUGAAGCUGCUUCAGGCUACAGCAACUUAGUAUACAAUAGUUGUGCAAACCAGACACUUACAGAUCCCAUUGAGUCUUACUCCCAAACUCUCUCAUCACUUCUUGGAAUUCUUACUGCAAAAUCUCUGCAUUCCAGCUUCUUUAAGGGCAGUGUAGGCGAUCAUCACGCGGCCUUUUUCGGUCUCUUCCAGUGCAGAGGCGAUCUCAGUAAUGCCAACUGCUACAACUGCGUGAGCAGGCUUCCUGCACUGUCAAAGAGACUAUGUGGAGAAAGUUUGGGUGCUCGGGUUCAGCUUUCUGGGUGCUACAUACAGUAUGAGGCUGAUGGAGUUGCUGAGAAUUCUGAACCUGAGUUGCUGUACAAGUUGUGCAGUGAAACAGAAGCAAGAGGAAGUGGGUUUGAGGAGAUGAGGACUGAGGCUUUUGCCGCAGUUGAAAUGGGUGUGAAGAGCAGCGGCAAUAAUGGGUUCUAUCAAGAGACCAGUGGAGAGGUGAAUUUGAUGGCGCAGUGCCACAGGGAUUUGGAUAUCUGUGAGUGCGGUGAGUGCAUGACUAAUGCAGUGCAGGUGGCUCAGGAAGAAUGCAAAUCUUCAGUUUCAGGGCAAAUUUAUAUGGGCAAGUGCUCUUUGAGCUAUACCUUCUAUCCAAAUGGGAUACCGUCAACUAACUCACACCAUGGUAGAGGUCAUCAUGAGAAAGGGACGGAAACAAGUUCAGCAAAAAUGGCAGCAAUAGCGGUGGGAGCAGCAGCUGCCUUGUUUUUUGGAUUAUUUUUUUUAAAGCUCAUUAAGUCGUGGGUCAAGAAAGGUGAUGAUGAUUUCUGAAAGGCGAAGAGGAGAGCUUGGAAAGUGGCAUAAUUUUCUUUGUGGUGGGUGAGAGUUGUUGGAGAGAGAAUGGAGUAUUUAAUUUCUCAAAUUCGUACUUGUUGAGUGGAAAUUGAUCUUAUUAAUUAUUUUAAAAAAUAAAAUUGCAAGGUUAUUAUGUCAUAGAGCAAUUAUUUAGGAAAUAGAGAUAAGCAAAUGGAGAAGAUAUAUCAAGUCUAGCAUUUCCGUGAUUGGAUAGAUGCUAAAAUAUUGUAUGGGUGAUUUCAAUUUAAGUUUGAAGGAUUGUAAUUUGUAGUGAAUUGCAUUGGGGUUGAUAUUAGAAUUGAAAAUUUUGUUGAAAGCAGUA